UCGGAUCAGGCAUCAUGGGCUUCGCUAUGGCUUUGGCGGCGAUAUUUCUCAUAGUUUUUAUCGCAUUAUUUUUCUUGCUUGUGGCCGGAGUCAUUUAUUUUGAAUUUGCCAACUCGGACAUCCCGGCAGGAGUCGCAGAUCCAGUGAAACUUCGGAUCAUUCAUUGUAUUAUGAUCAGCAUUGCUAUGGUGGGGAAGAUCCUCCAGAACUGUCUGAUCUGCUCUCAGCUCGGCUUCACCCGUCUCCUGAGGGACAGACUCAUGGCCAGAAGGGGCCCCGAAGACCCCAAACUCCUCAUCAAGGACCUGAGCUUUGAGGAGGUGCUGGUGCGAGUCUAUCAGCCCAGGGCACAAUCUUCUGGUGGGAGGAGAGGAGUCAUGUUCUUCCAUGGUGGAGGCUGGAUGUUCGGGAGUCUUGAUUCCUACGACGUCUUAUGUCGCUUCAUUUCAAAGGGAACGGAAUCGGUGGUCAUCUCGGUCAAGUACCGCCUGGCCCCGGAGCACAGGUACCCGGCAGCAUUUGAUGACUGUCUGAGCACUACAAUCCAUUUCCUGAAGACUGCGGAGGAAUAUGGUGUGGACCCAUCCUCUGUCAUCAUCAGCGGGGACAGCGCCGGUGGAAAUCUCACAGCUGCUGUUUGUCAAGCUCUGGUGGUCCGGAGGGAUGUGCCUCAGCCCCUCGCUCAGGUGCUCAUAUACCCAGCGGUCCAAGCUCUGGAUUUCCACUUACCGUCAUAUACACAGAACAGCGCAGUGCCCAUCCUGUACCGAGAGCGCGCCGCCUUCUACAUGAUAAACUAUGUGGGAGGAGACAUGCAAAUGAUGGAAGAGGUUCUAGACGGGGACCAUGUUCCUGUGGAGUUAAAGAUGCAGUUUCGGAAGUGGUUGGGUCCUGAUAAUAUUCCAGCAGAGUUCAAGGUUCGGGGUCAUCAGCCUCGGGUCAUGACCUCACAUUCCGAAGACGUCUAUGAAGCCCACAAGGAAGUAUUUCAGACUCACUUCUCCCCAUUGUUGGCCGAGGACUCUGUCAUCCGUCUUCUCCCAAAAACUUACAUCCUAACCUGUGAGUUUGAUGUCUUACGUGAUGAUGGGAUUCUCUACAAGAAGCGUCUGGAGGACAAUGGUGUCCCGGUCACAUGGUUUCAUCUUAAAGAUGGCUUCCAUGGAAUAAUUAACUUUUUUGAUAAUGGGAAACUCUCAUUUGAGUCUGGAAAACUGGCGGUUGAAAAUGUUGUAAACUUCAUUAAUAACGUAUGAUUUGAUAAUUCAGUGUCACCCACAUUGAACACCACAUCGGGGAGGGCUCCAUGAUUGGACAUAACAUCGGGGAGGGCUCCAUGAUUGGACAUAACAUCGGGGAGGGCUCCAAGAUUGGACAUAACAUCGGGGAGGGCUCCAUGA